AUGAUGGUCAAUGAUCAGCUGAUCCUUGAGGAGGACUAUGAUGAGAACUAUGAACCUACUGAGAAUGAAAUUAUUGAAUAUGCAGCAAGUAUUGGAAUAGAUUUUGACAAAGAACCUCAACUUCUUUGGAUAGCAAGGGAAGGAAUCAAUGCACCUCUUCCAGAAAACUGGAGACCUUGUCAAACACCAACUGGAGACGUGUACUAUUUCAAUUUUCAAACGGGGAAGAGCAUCUGGGACCAUCCUUGUGAUGAAUUCUAUAGGAACAUGGUCAUAAAUGAAAGAAAGAAACAAGACCAAGACAAAAACAGCAGUACAAAGAAGAAAACAAAAGAAAAAGAUGAGGGAAAGAAGAAAAAACAGAAUGCAGAAGUAGAUGAAUUAAAACCCUUAACAAAAGCUCCAGGACAAAAGCUCAACCCACUGGUUCCUCCACUUGAAUCAAGUAUGGGAAUUCCCCAAGUACACAGAAGUUUAGCCUCCGAUCAAGCAGGAUCAUUCAGGUCUGCUGAAAGCACUGCUGGUGGUGCUUCAGGCUUGAGGGGAUCUCUAGGAAAUUCUCUACAGACAAAAGGUAGCCUUAACACGACAACAGGGUCUUUCAAGUCCAACAGUUUGAACAUCACUAGCAGCGUCACUUUGCCCAAUUAUCCUGGAGAAAUUGUGGAUGAUGAUGAUGAUCAUGACUGGCAAGGCAAUCAUCGCUUUGAUUUUAGUGCACACGACAUCGCAGCCUUGAACUAUGAG